UAUCCGGAAACUGUGAAGUGAACAAAAUGGAGAACCUUUCUUCAGUUACGUUCCGCCAUUGUUACAGCUCCUUGUUUUUUCAUCAGCAACAGCGAAGAUAUAUAAUUUAUCAUUCUUCGGCUCGUUGUUCACUGGACAUCAAGCAUGCGUCGUUCGAAUCUAUACCAAUCUCAAAUACUCUGGAACCGUCGUCUUCAAGUUGGGAUUUUUAUCCGUUGAAGGAGCUCAAUGGAUGCAAAAAUCUGGUUUCUGUUAAAGCUACCCAUGCUCGGAUGAUGAAGUUAUUCGAUCGAUUCGAAUUGGAGUUCAUCGCCAAGUGCUUGAUCACUCGUUACCUUGAAUUCGGAGAAUUUGGGUAUGCUAGUUCUGUUUUCUUCCUGGGUUUCCCGAGGAUUCAAGUUUCAUGGUGGGAUUUAUUGGAAGAGAUCGAUCAUUUCGGAAUAGAAAAGUACAAGGUUUUAGAAGAAUUUGUUCAGCUACAGAACAAAGGAGUAAAUUUCGAUGGAGUAGUUCUCGCAAUGGUUUUGAGAAUUUGUGCUAUGUUAAUGUAUAGGUUACUGGGUUUAACUAUCCAUGGCGGUUUGAUCAAGAGAGGACUCGAAUGUUCAGACACACGCGUAGCUUCUGCAUUGAUGGGAUUCUAUGGAAGAUGUGUGAGUUUGGAUAUUGCUAGCAAGAUAUUCGAUGAAAUGCCUAAAAGAGAUGAUCUUGCAUGGAACGAGAUCGUAAUGGUAAACUUGCGGGGUGGGAACUGGGAAAAGUCUGUGAAAUUUUUCAGAGAGAUGCAGUUUUCUGGUGCAAAAGCUUAUGAUAGUACAAUGGUUAAGCUUUUGCAGGUUUGUAGCAACGAACAAUGUUUUGCGGAAGGGAGACAGAUUCAUGGGUAUGUUCUGAGACUUGGAUUUGAAUCAAACGUGUCAAUAUGUAACUCCUUGAUUAUCAUGUACUCAAGGAACGGCAAGCUUGAAUCAUCUAGAGAAGUCUUUAAUUUAAUGAAAGAACGGAAUUUGUCUUCCUGGAACUCGAUUGUGUCGAGUUAUACGAGAUUUGGUUAUGUUGAUGAUGCUAUGCGUCUCCUGGAAGAAAUGGAGACAUAUGAUCUGAAACCAGAUAUAGUGACCUGGAACUCUCUUCUGUCAGGUUAUGCUUUUAUAGGCUUAUCCAGGAAUGCCUUUGGGAUAUUAAAGAGACUGCAAAUUGCUGGUCUGAAGCCAAACACGAGCUCAAUAAGUAGUCUUCUUCAAGCUGUUGCUGAACCGCGGCUUCUUAAACUUGGAAAAGCGAUGCACGGAUAUGUAAUAAGAAAUCAGCUUUGGUACGAUGUAUAUGUAGAAACUACAUUGAUCGACAUGUAUAUUAAAACUGACUGCUUGCAUUACGCCCGGAUGGUUUUUGAUAUGAUGGAUGAGAAGAACAUUGUUGGUUGGAAUUCACUCAUCUCUGGACAUUCAUACGCCGGUCUGCUAAAAGAUGCUGAAGCUUUGAUGAGUAGAAUGGAGAAGGAAGGGAUCAAACCUGAUGCUGUUACAUGGAACAAUCUGGUUUCAGGGUAUGCGAAUUGGGGCAAAACAGAUAAAGCUUUGGCUGUGAUAGGGAAGAUGAAGGAGAACGGUGUGAUACCCAACGUGCUAUCAUGGACAGCCAUUUUGUCCGGAUGUUCCAAAAAUGGAAACUUCAGGAAUGCUCUCAAAGUUUUCACUAAAAUGCAGGAAGAAGGUGUCAGUCCAAACACAGCCACUAUAUCCAGCUUGCUUAGGAUAUUAGGUUGCUUAAGUCUACUACAGAGUGGCAAAGAAGUUCACAGCUUCUGUUUGAGGAACAAUUUGAUCCACGAUGCAUAUGUAGCAACUGCACUAGUAGAUAUGUAUGCAAAAUCAGCAGAUCUGCAAAGCGCGACUGAGAUUUUCUGCGGCAUUAAGAACAAACCGCUAGCUUCUUGGAACUGUAUGAUCAUGGGAUAUGCUAUGUUUGGGCGGGAAGAAGAAGGGAUUGCUAUUUUCACUGCAAUGCUUGAAGCAGGCAUUGAACCGGAUGCCAUAACAUUCACCUCUGUCUUGUCUGUCUGUAAGAACUCAGGUCUUGUCCGUGAAGGGUGGAAAUACUUUGAUCUUAUGAGGUCUCAGUAUGGUGUUGUCCCGACUAUCGAACACUGCACUUGCAUGGUUGAGAUGCUGGGGAAGUCGGGUUAUCUUGAUGAAGCCUGGGAUUUCAUUCACACGAUGCCAUUAAAACCCGACGCAACUAUUUGGGGUGCAUUUCUUUCAUCCUGUAAAAUCCACAGAGACCUAGAACUCGCUGAAGUCGCGUGGAAGAGGCUACAAGUGCUGGAACCACACAAUUCAGCUAACUACAUGAUAAUGAUAAACUUGUACAGUAGUUUGAACAGAUGGGAAGAUGUUGAACACAGACGGAACUCGAUGAGGAUUCACAGGGUGAGAAUCCAGGAUCUGUGGAGCUGGAUACAGAUCGAUCACAAGGUCCACGUCUUCUAUGCAGAAGGAAAAGCACAUCCUAAUGAAGGAGAGAUAUACUUUGAGCUGUACAAAUUGGUUUCUGAGAUGAGAAAGUCAGGUUAUGUGCCGGACACAAGCUGUAUACACCAAGACGUAAGUGAAUCAGAGAAAGAGACACUGCUAAUGGGACAUACAGAGAAGUUAGCAAUGACCUAUGGCCUCAUCAAGAAGAAAGGCAUAUCUCCUAUAAGAGUGGUCAAAAACACAAAUAUAUGUUCUGAUUGCCACACUGUAGCCAAAUACAUAUCGGUUUUGAGACAUCGUGCGAUUGUUUUACAAGAGGGGACCCGAGUUCACCAUUUCAGAGACGGAAAAUGUUCAUGCAACGACUCUUGGUGAUAGUAUAGAUACAAUAGCUCUGUUUUUUUUUUUCUUACAAUGG